AUGACGACAGAAGAUCGCCUGAGCAGCAGCCGUCGUGCCACAGCCCAUGCACAUCUGCAUGGAGUCUUUGCCCUCGGUCGCUUCACAGCCCAGAGCCAGGCCCUGAAACAGCAGCAACGAAAACAGGCUGCGCCGGCGAGAUACCCAACCAACCAAUUCCGUCUCGACGAAUUCACGAAACGGGAGGAUCCAGUGCCCCCACCCUCGGGGUAUGGACCCAAACAACCAACCAAGGGGAGGGUGCCGUCCAUGGCUCCGGAGGCUGCACCCCGGCCGCUGGAAGAACCAUUGUCGAUCAGGCCGAUGAAGCUCUCCAACUUCUUGUCGGACGGUCUGGCCCUGUAUGUGUCGCAUGUGAUGCAUCCGAGCCAGAUCCCGGGGAGAGAUCUGUUCAGUAGGGUGUAUGCGAUGGGUCUGCUGCCGGUGCUGAUCAUUGCCAUGACGAUCAUACAGUGGGUGAUUGGGCUGUUGGUUAUUGUUGUGAAUAAUACCAAGCUGGGUGGAUACUACUAUGGAAUCUUUUUCAGGGACCAGAUCGCACUCUUUGACGAGACAGACCUCGUGGAUCCAGAGGGGAACGAUGAAGCCGUUCGCCAGAUCUGUGAACGCAAACCGAGAUUGACAACCCAUUUCAGUUACCACAUCGCGAACCUGCUGCUGAUCAUGACGAGCAUGGCCUAUCAGCGCGACGACAAGUUGGUGGCGCAAGCGUCCAAGAUUCUCUUGAAUGUCCAGAACCAGGCUCAAAGGGAUGAGGCCACAAAGCUGCUGCAGGAGAGCGAGCAGGCGAUCGACGAGAAUGCAUCGAAAGAAUUUGGGAUGCGAUUCAUGGGCAUCAGUGAACUUAAGACCUUGGGGGGUCCGUUUGCGGGAUUGUUCUAUAAUGAUGAUGCGAUCGUCUUGGUCUUCAAGGGCACCUCGGUCUUGGCAUUCAACGAAUACCUGCUCGAUGUGACCAUUCAGCGCGUGGAUGCCAGGGAGUACUUGUACGGAGAGGUUCACAAGGGCUUUUACGAAUCCCUGUUCCCGGAUCCGAAGCCAUUGAACUGGUACGAAGAUAUGACCUACGACCAAACCAAUCCCUUCAACACCAUCAUGAAGACCAUCCUCGAGACCGCCAAGCUCUGUAAAAACAAGACGGGUAAGCCCGUCAAUCUGUGGAUGACAGGCCACUCCCUCGGUGGAGCCCUGGCAGCGUUGACGAUGGCACGUCUGCAGAUGACUGUUGAGGAUAAGGACCCGCUGAUGAACAAGGACUACGAUGAGACCAAUGGACCUAGGAGUAGCACUCCGGAAGGAGCAGGACCACGGACGGUUCUCCAGGAGAUGCUCGCCAGGUUUAGCGAUGACAAUGAGUUGCUCGUGCUGAGAGACUGUUAUAGCAUCGCGAGUCCCAAAAUCGGAGACUCGACUUUUGCGGAGCAGUUCGCACGUAACCAUCUUCGAUUCUGUUGUGAGAGUCCGUAUAAACCUACAUACUGGCGCAUCGUUGCUGACAAAGAUGUUGUGCCUCGUCUGCCACCUGGAUGCAAUGUGGACCCCAAUGAGCCCUACAACCGUCUUUUCCCAUUCCGACCCUGUCCAAAGGCAAAGACAUGGCUCGUUGAUGAGAAGCAAGAAGACAAUAAGAUAAGGCAGGAGAACAAGAAGUGCGACACCAAGGAUAAGCGUCCGAUGCACUUGCACUCGUUGCUGGAUUAUCAACAUGUGGGUCAGCUCGUCAAGGUAUACAACGCUGCGAGGGCCCCAAAGGUCAAGCCUUCAGCGUUUGAGGCCGACCUGAGCCGGGAUGUUCUGCGUAAAGAACAGGAGGUGGAUGCGCUGAUGAUCAAGCUGGCCAAGGUCGCCAGUAUUUGGAAAGCGCAGGAUCAGCUCGAUGCAAGCGUCAAUCAGUCCACCAACACCGCAACGACUGUUACGAUGACAACGACUUUGACGGGGACGGCGACAGUGGGUCAGGAGGGGGACGAGAAGAGCCAGGCUGAAACGGCUCAGCAGAUCGCGGACGACAUUCUGAGGGCACAGGCAUUGUAUAACAUUGACGAGUUGAGCCGGCUGAGACAGCCCCAUCUACUAGAACGCAUGUUGCUCAAAAUCCCUAGCCUGCUUUCACAUGCGCCAGUGGCCUACCAGCGUAAUCUUGUUCGAGGACGGUUCUACUUCAAGAGUUUCCCAGGUGCUGCGUUUGAGGAGCGUCUUGGACAGUGGCUGGAUCAGAUGGAGAAGGAGACCGUGAGUGUGGACGAGGGAGUUGAGAUGGCUUCGAAUGAUGGUGACCAAGGGGAGCAGCAAGGUCAGGUUGGGUUGGGUAAGGCGAUCGAUGUGGAUGUGCAGAUGCAUGUGGAUGUGAAGCUAAAGGACAAGGAUCAAGAGAGUAAGGCUCUCAGCAAUGGAUCACGGCAGCCAGUCCAGACAAAGACUACGCUGACCCAGACGGUGGCUAUGCAACCACGCGAAGAAUAG